AUGGCGUCCCUCACCACCACCACCUCCUCACCGGCCGCGCUCCCGGCGGCCACCACCGCCGCCGCGGCCUCGUCCAUAUCCCCCCACGCCGGCUCGAAGCGGCCGCUCCUCGCGGGCGACGACGCGCCCUGGCGCGCCACCGCGGCCACCGCCGCGGGGCAGGGGAUCCGGCCCGUCCCGCGCAUCCACCACGCCCCCGUCCUCCGCGUUGCCACGCAGGAAGACUCCGCCGCCUACGCCCUCGCCAUCAUGAAGCAUCCGGAUCCGAUUGGGGAGGGGCUGGCCAUGGAGGCGUUCGCGGAAGCCGCCGGGCCGGAGUGCAUCGUGCCCGGACAACAAGCGCCUCUAAGGCUCAUGGGGCUCAAGGUUUGGCCCCUUGAUAUAGAUAUGAAGUUCCUAGAGCCAUUUGGACGGGAAUUACAAUCAAUGAAAAAAUUCAUGGACAAGUCGUGCAGUGUUAUGGACUCAUCUAUGGCAAACAAGUAG